AUGGACGAGCUCAUGCUUGAACCGCAAGUAGCUGUCAUCAGUGACCAUCACUCCAAGUCUGUAGACGAACAAAAUGAGACAGACAGUAUCAAUAGCAACAAUGGACAAGUAUCACAAGUGGACGAUAUGUCCAUGCCAUCAUCUAUUCCUCUAGGUCAUCGUCGUGGGCGUAUGGGUCGUCUUGCAAGAGAUAAAGUGAAUUCUACAAUGGUCCUUCCUAGUUUUAUCUGGGACUAUUUUGUCAAGGACGCAAGUGGAAAAUAUGUCAUUUGCACGUUAUGUCCAGCACAGUCAACACGUUUUGCCUAUUCUGGUGGUACAAGUACCAUGAAUCGUCACUUGCGUAAGAAACAUCAAAAGUACGCACCGGGCAAGUGUCCCACGGAUUACGAAUAUCCAAAAGGGGUCCAUCGUCGUCACCAUCAACUUCAAUCGAUAACGUCACCUGCGGGUAAUGCUAUUACAACAGCAUUAACUGCUGGUCUUUUAAUGUCAUCGGAUACUGCAAAUAUCCUGGGUACGUUAUCACCUAACGAAUCGUUUGGUGGUAAGCAACGUCAUCAGCUUUUGGAGCUUCGAACGGCACGCAGACGGGCGACAAAUGGAGGCACUACACUUUCGAGAAAGAAAUUUGUAACGGAUCAGACGGCAACGACACUUCCAACGGAUUUUGAUCCGUCUGGGUUUGUGACGUUGACAGGAAGUUCCACAACGGUUGCGUCGGGUGCUUUGCAAUUUCCUGCAACUUUUGAACUGAACGAUGCAGGAAUGGAUUCUAUGGCAGGAGUUGCACUGGAUCAAAGGUUUUUUGACUAUUCAACACUUACAGGCACAUCCACAGCAGGACGUGUCCGUCGACAUAGUGCUACUAUUGUUGGUGGAAAUAACAGCUUUAGUGGAAGCAACGGGAAUGCAAGCGUGAACAGUAAUGUGAAUCAAAAGAUUCUUACGCAUCGACUACUUAAGUAUCUCAUUGCGCAAUACGAGCCACUGGAUGUAAGUCAUAUGGGCGCUGAAUUGGGCAUGUUGCUGUUUGGAGGAUCGACUGAGUGGUUGACGCCUGGACUCAACUUUGGAUAUGGAGGAGGAGGCAUGGGCGGUGCAAUGCCAAAACUUCCGUCCGAAGAAUCGAUAAAAUUGGCGCUAGCAAACUUGUACUAUUCACAGCGAGAAAUUUUAAAAGAGGUUGUGGCGGACGUGGAAGUGCUAAGUUUGUCGCUGAACAAUUGGACAUCGGUAUUUGCGCAAAAUGUGCUCACUGUAAGUGGUCAUUGGAUCUCUCGUGGAUUUCGACGCCGUGAUUGUGUGUUGGAAGUGUACGUUUUACCUUUGGAUGAACGCGUGAACACCAUUGCGCUGCUUCGAGAUGUUAUGGAUAAGUGGGAUAUUCCGUCAGCAAAAGUGGCAGCGCUUACUAUGCGUCCGCACGCACUUGCCACGGAUACUACCCGAGAAGUCGAAUCGAACAUCUCACGGAUAGGUACAGAUGCUCAGGCAGAAGCGGAGGCUGAAGCAAAUGCACUUCAUUGUGAAUAUCCGGACCUGACAGUCGUAAGGUGUUUUGUGGAAGAACUGGAAAGAGCUAUUUCGAGCGGUUUGCAAAAGUGCGCAGAUCUCACUCGUCGGUGCCGCAACUAUGUGUCGUAUUUCAUUCAGAACCCGUCUGAGUACCAGAUAUUUCUCGCUCUCCAGCGCAGUAUGAGCGAGGAGGCAUCCGCAGCUAGAACAGCAUCAGCUCAGACAGCGUCAAUGGCUGCGACAGCGAAUGGGGUCAGUGUAAGCAUCGCUGAGAGCUGCAAUACUACAAUAGGGGACGAAUUGAACUGUAUAAAGGAAGCUCAACUACUGGAUGCAGCAACGGCUGAUGCAUCAUCCUCGACUCCGAAGGCUAACAAAACCUCACACACGUCUGUAUCGUGUGGUAAUAUUGGCGAGGUAUUGCCAGUGGUUUGUGACUUUGACAGUCGCUGGAAUUCGACAACUGAAAUGAUGUGUCGAAUUGUUCAACUCGAACCUAUGCUGCUGCGUUACAAAACGGGACUUGAAAGCGAUACAAACCCAGCUCGAAGACCUAUGCAGCUUCGAUUUAUGUGCUGUGAGUUGUCUUGUGAGGAAUGGACGUCACUUAAGCAACUUGCUCGACUGCUUGAUCGUAUUGAGGGCUUGGUGCAUGUUUCGCCACUCGCAUAUCCCGGUUUGUCUAUUGUGUAUCCGCUUUUACACUCAUUGAAAAAGCAUUUAGCUGAUGCUGGUACAUGGGUGACUGAUCCGCUUGUAGCAACGGUACGCGAUACUAUCAUUAGCAACCUUAACAUGGAACUAUGCUCUUCUGGCCAGGCUCCGUCGUCUCCGUACCUGUCGUGUCUACUAGAUCCGCGCUUCAAGACGUUGCCAUUUUUGUCAGUAUCAGAGAAAGAUGAAUUAGUAGGAUUAUUACAUGUUCUUCUCGGAGUACAUGAAAAGGAUGAUAUCAUUGGCAACAACCAGCAGCAGCAUGACAACUUGGUAGUGGAGGACGAUCAAACAGACGAGCAGAAGAAAGAGGAUCAAAGUGCUAAAACUUUAAGCAGAUCCGCUGCAGGUGCUAGUGUUGCAAACAAGAAGAAGGCAGCAGUUACACUUCUACACGAGUUUUUUCCACUGGACGAACCUGCCAACGAGGUUGAUAAACUCAAGGCGCAAGUGCAGCAAUACCUGGACUCGCCAUCGUUGCCAGCAACCGAUGAUACUGAACACGAUCCGCUCGAGUGGUGGAGUCGCUAUCAGCGUUUAUUUCCAUCACUAGCUCGACUUGCGAAAAAGUAUUUAUGCAUGAGUGCUGUAUCGACUCCAUUCACAGAAUCCUUCACGAACUACGGACAAUUAAUGCGUGAGAAGAAAGCUCGGCUGGAUAUUGAAGUAGCGGCUCAGGUGCUUUUCUGCCGUAGUGUAUCUCGUAUCCCAGAGAUGGAACGCAUUGGAGUGUAA